AUGUCUACUGUCCAUGCAAAGCUAAAGGACUUUGGGACUGUAUUCUUUGAACAAACUAGGCUUCGCCGGACUAUCCUAUUAUCAUACUGGACGAUUGUCUUACUCGGUGUUCCAUUAUGGUGGGCUACCACAAGAAUUGAGCGCCUACCGUUGCCAGCUCCCCAUUUCAAGUCGCAAUCGGAUAACAAACUCGAUUUGCCAGUUCACCUAGACCUGAAACCAGGUUCGCUGGAGAAAUACGCGAAUGAUCUCGCCGAAGGGAUUAGGAAUGGGUUAGGCAGCGUACAGGGUGUGAACGUACAUACUCAGGGCUUUACUACAUUACCUGCGCAUACCAAUGCAUAUGUUGUGGAAGUAUCCGAUUCGAUACACCACCCACGGCUUGAAUCUCGUCGGUUGCUCGUCUCUACCCAGGAUGUUGUGGCACAACGUUUGAACGACAUGCUUCUGAGUCUCUACACGCCAUACACUUCUGGUUUUCAUGCGAACUCUUUUCAACACCUUGUCACCAAGUACGCCCCCCGAUAUAGACUGGCGUUCACCCUUCUCAACGAGGAUGCUGCUGCUGGCAAGGCUAUCACCGGCUGGGAUAUCGAACAUGCUCUCACACGUCAUAUAACUCCCGUACUCCGGCGACUAUCGUCCCUGCACAACUUCACCGUCGAAAGCCAGGUUCACUUCUAUGCACCAUUAGCCUUUGAACCCACGACGGUGUCUCGACCGGACGACACGAAUGAGCAUGGACUGUCAUUGGAUGACCUGAAAGUGUUUGUGAACUCGGCCGAGUGGUCGCUCGCUUCUCAAGUAUCCAAUGAUCCUGUAUUGCACUUCUUGGUCUUCAUCCCCUCAGCGAAACAUGCACCCCUUCGGAUACUCGAUGCUCAAGGCGAGGUAACAAACUCUAGUGCAUUCAUCCUCCCUCAAUGGGGUGGCAUCGUCAUCGCGAAUCAGCCUUCCGACGCAUCUGCUUCUCGCUCUUUAUCUGUACAGGAUCUCGACGGCACAUUCGCCCUUUUCCGCAAGCAGCUGCUCACACUCGUCGGAGUAUCCGAACCACCCGCAGACUUUGAGCUUUCCAACGCGCCAGCUGGAAUAUCUGACUGGCAACUCGAUACGCUCUACCGGCAGCGCGCACUCGAGAACGUUGAGAGCAGUAAGGAGACGCUGCAGAGUAUCCUUAAGCUUGUCGACCAAAUCCCGAAUAUGCCCGUGGGUCAAGACGUGAAAGGCGACUUCCAGAGCGCUCUCGACGAACUCGAGCUGGCAUACGCCAACGCACUUGAGUCUCCGACCCUUGCGCUCGGACAUUCGGCCCGGGCUCUCACGCUCGCGUCUCGCGCGUUCUUCAACCCGGGCAUGCUCGCGUUGUUGUACUUCCCUCCCGAACACACAUACGCCGUGUACACCCCGCUCUUUGCACCCAUGAUGGUACCACUCGUGGUGACUGCUCUUCGGGAGCUCUCAGCGUGGUGGAAGGCCCGUAAAGAAGCCAUGACCAAGCGUGACGCUCCUGCACGUGUCAAAGUGGACUAG